GCGUCUCCUCUUCCUCUUUUCCUCCACCAUACUUUUCGGCCGUCGCGCCUUCUGUCUUUCGCUACCAUCAUGAAGCUCCAAGCUCUCGCCGCUCUUUUGCCUCUCCUCGUCGCCGUCAACGCAGAACAAUCCCACAAACGCCAUGCCGACAUUGCCAAGCGCCAGUCCGCGUCCGCGUCUGCAACGGGCGCGUCGUCAGCGGCUGCCUCGGGCUCAGCGGCUGCUGCUGGCGCUACCGCUGCCCCGACCGGCAGCGCUGGUGCCGCCAGCGACGUCGGCCUGACCUCCACCCCUACUCCCACCCAGUCCGACGUUCCCGCCCUUGCCUCCAUUUUCUCAGGCAUGAGCAGCGGCACGACAUGGGGCGCUUCCACCACUUUCGCCCCGGGCGCGACCGCCCCCGUCUCGGGCGCCCCGGCUCUCCCGUCUGCCUUCGUUUUCCAACAGGGCGACUGGCCCCCUCAGGACCAGGUCCCGCCUACGGACUCUGACGAGGUCAAGCAAUGGCUGAAGGAGCUCGACGGAUUCACCAUUCCCGACAUUGCCACGACCGACGGUACCUGCGCUGGCAGCCCUGAUGCCGCGUCGGACGCCGAGGCACGCGGCUGGUGGACGUGUGGUGGUUACACGCGCGACACCGAUAUCACGUCGUGCGAAGAGAAGAUGCACUGGGGUGUCUCGUUCGAUGAUGGUCCCGCCAGGUUCAGUGCCAAGGUCCUCAAGUAUCUCGACGAGAACCAGCUCCACGCGACCUUUUUCGUCGUCGGCUCGCGUGUCAUCGAGCGCCCCGAGAUCCUGCUCGAGGAGUAUAUGGCCGGUCAUGAUAUCAGCGUGCACACCUGGUCUCACCGUCCUCUCACUUCGCUCACGACUGAGCAAGUUGUUGCUGAGCUUGGCUGGGCCCGCCAUGCCAUCCAGCAGGUUCUCGGUGUGACCCCGACUACGAUGCGCCCGCCUUACGGUGAUAUCGAUGACCGUGUCCGUGCGAUCUCCCUUGCCAUGGGUAUGGUGCCCAUCAUCUGGUCUCGCGGCUCAAGCGGCGAGUCCUUCGACACCAACGACUGGAAGAUUGCUGGCGGUGUUGUCUCGGCGCCCGAGUCCUACCUUGCGUUCCAGCACAUCUUGGGUAACGCAAGCCAGCUCGACACGGGUUUCAUCGUCCUGUCCCACGAUCUGUACGAGGAGAGUGUCGACAUGAACGUCGGCUACUACCUCCCCGCGGCCCUCAACUACGACCCGCCUAUGACGCUCGAGUCGAUCUCUCAGUGUGUGGGCAUCCCGGCCACGAACAUGUACCUCGAAUCCAACCAAAACACCACUUUCCCCUAUACCAACCACACCUCCGGCACGGACGUCAACGGCGAUGGCACCGUUGACAACGAUACCACCGCUGCUGGGCAGUCGAACACCAAGGGCGACGGCAAUGGCGCCCUUUCCGCGAUGUCCGUCCCGGGCUUCGGCGCAUCCGCGCUCGCCGCCGCUGGUCUCGCUGUCUUGGGCUUCCUGUAGAGUCGACCUUGGCUUUAUGUGGAGUCCUUGUAGAGUUUGCAAUACGAGACUUCGGAUAGCGUUGCUGACUCGUGAUCCGCUUCGAAUACCUACCUGAUUCACCCUGACUGCGGGACAGCGGACGCGAGGACGUGCGUACGGACCCGGUGUAGCUACCACUAUCAUCUACUACUAUCGACGUUGACAUAGAAGGCCCGGGCACAGCUGGGCAUGGCUUACGCGGUCGUGCACGGUUUGCGGAGUGUGCUGGGAGAGCUGGUGGCCCUCUCUCUUCAGGACAGUUCUACGUACGCACUCUACAUGAUAACUACAGAUUAAUUGUGAGCGAGCACGAUUUGGACUGUUCUUAGUAGUGAGGGCACCUACGAUGCUUCAGUAUAUACGCGGAAGCUGUCCAUCCUUGCGUGAAGUGCCGGCUACAUAAGGAUUGCGGUAGGGAAGAAGUAAGGCGUCUUCUGGGGGUAGCCGCCAGUAACAAACUUGUCGUCGUGUCCCCAGC